AGCACAUGCGCCAAUAAAUGUCAAAAUUCUUGUCCAUUUUUAUUCAAAAAACAUCUGGAUAUCUUGGCACAAAUCACAUAUUUCUUGCAAUGUCUAAGAGAAGUAGUUUCCAUAAAACUCCUAAAUUUAAGCCCGAAGUGAAGGUGAUUAAUAAUAAAUCCAAAACAACAAUGAACUUGUCACUGAGAGCGGAGAAAGUUGAAGUGUUGCCUGAACCUAUCAAAUCAGAUGCUGAUAAAAAGCUUUACAAGACUAUUCGGCUGGAAAAUGGUCUGACUGCACUUCUGAUAUCCGACCCCAGCCGUCCAUCUGUGGGUAACGAGACUAGCUCCAGUGAGGAGGAGUCCAGUGGGUCUGAUGAGACCACAGACCCUGAAAGUGAGAGUGGAAAGUCUGGGCAGUCAGUUGCCAGUGACCAUCAUGGAACGAAGAGACGCAGCGAGUUUGACGAGGAGAAACUGGCAGCCUGUGCGCUAUGCGUGGGAGUGGGCAGCUACAGCGACCCCGCAGACAUCCAGGGUUUGGCGCACUUUGUCGAACACAUGGUCUUCAUGGGCAGCGAGAAGUACCCCAAGGAAAAUGAAUUCGAUGCCUUCAUCAAGAAAAAAGGCGGUUCAGACAACGCGUCAACAGACUGCGAGGUGACGACGUUCUACUUCGAGAUCCAAGAGAAGCACCUUCCUAAAGCCAUGGACAUGUUCAGCCAGUUCUUCGUCAGCCCUCUUAUGAUGAAAGAGGCCAUGCAGAGGGAACGGGAGGCCAUUGAGUCAGAAUUCGCGAUCGCCGCUCCAUCGGACUCCAACCGCAAAGACCAGCUGCUGUCCAGCUUAUUCCCCGAAGGUCAUCCAGCUCGUACCUUUACGUGGGGCAACCUUCGCAGCCUGAAGGAUGACAUCAAUGAUGACGAGAAACUGCAUCAGGCUGCACACGCGUUUAGGAAGAGGCACUAUAGCGCGCAUAGGAUGACUGUGGCUGUUCAGGCGCGGAUGGACCUGGCCUCGUUAGAGAACUACGUGGUGAACACAUUCGGUCACAUCCCGACGAACAAGCUGCCGUCUGAAGACUUCAGCCAGUUCGUCUUCACUCCUGACACCGUCACUCCUGAGUUCAGGAGCAUCUACUACGUCAAACCUGUCGGGGAUACCACUGAGGUACAUUUGACUUGGUGCAUGCGGUCACUGCUGUCUGAAUACGAGUCUAAACCACACCAGUACAUAUCGUACUUAUUAGGACAUGAGGGCAAGGGCAGUCUCCUGUCAUACCUCAGGAAAAAGGUUUGGGCUCUGGGCAUAUACACGGGUAACUCGGAGAGCGGCAUCGACUACACUUCUAUGUACAGUCUGUUCUCCACUCAAGUUGUGCUCACUAAGGCCGGAUUGGAUCAUGUCGAUGAGGUAUUGGAAGCCAUAUUUUCGUACAUAAAUAUGCUGAAGCAGAUCGGACCUUCAGAAAGAAUAUACGACGAGAUAAAGACAAUAGAAGAGACGAGUUUCCGUUUCGAAGAGGAAUCUCAGCCGGCGGAAUAUGUUGAAACAUUAUCAGAGAACAUGCACUUUUAUCCGCCGGAGCACUUCAUCACUGGCGAUAGACUUUACUACAAGUAUGAUCCUAAGGGUAUAACUGAUCUAUUGGAUUGUAUGCGCGCCGACACGGUGAACAUAAUGAUUCUGUCUAACAAACACUCGACGCCUAUCAACUAUGACACUAAGGAACGCUGGUUCGGCACUGAAUACAAGAAAAUGGAUAUCCCAGACAAAUGGCUCCGACGUUGGUUAACCGUAGAUCCAUAUGACAAUUUCUAUUUACCUGAGAAGAACAUAUACAUAACUACAGACUUUAGCCUGGUACAACCAGAUCCGGUCUAUAUGGAGACAGCCAAGGAGUUGGGAGUAGACUUGAAGAAUAGCUCAGUAAAAGACAUACACAAGAAAGUGGAUAACAGCAAUAAAAACAGCAAGAUUUUGAGCCACGGAGAUCUUAUUGCGACUGUUAAUAAUUUUAGACUGGACCAACCGAACCUCAUUCGUAAAAACCGUCACAUGGAGUUAUGGUACAAACCGGACUUCAAAUUCCGGUUUCCAACUGCUCUACUUUACUUCUACUUCAUAUCGCCGUUAAGCCUCAAAUCACCAAGAGAUUCGUGUCUUCUGGACCUAUGGACUGAUGUUUUGCAACAAGGACUGAAGGAAGAAGUGUACCCAGCUAAUAUGGCGGACCUGUCUCACUCGCUGUACGUCGGUGACAAAGGACUCACCAUGAAAGUCACUGGAUACAGUCAGAAUUUACACUUACUAGUGGAGUUAAUAACGCGUGAGAUGCGUUCGUCGACGCGGAACCUGACGAGCGCGAUGUUCGAGGCGGUGCGGGAGGUCCGCGCGAGGACAUACCACAACGUGCUAAUCAAGCCGCAUAAACUCGCCAAGGAUGUCCGUAUGAACAUCUUGUUGAACCCUUACGUGUCUCCUCGCGAGAAGGCUGGCAUCAUCCACGACAUCACACUGGCCGAGCUCAAGGAGUACAGCGAGCGACUGCUCAACAACAUGUACUGUGAGAUCCUGAUGCAAGGAAACCUGGCGUGGCACGAUGCUAUCAGGAUAUCGGAGAAGGUGCAUUCUACGCUCAAAUGGGAUGCCUUGACAGAAGAAGAGUUCCCUGACGUAAAAGUCCACCAGCUGCCUCUAGGCGAGCGCAAGAUCCGCGUGCUGAGCCUGAACGAGGCGUCCACCAACAGCAUCAUCACCAACUACUACCAGGGAGAGGCCACCAACGCCAAGGAUACUGCCACGCUAGAAGUGCUUAUGCUACUGAUGGAGGAGCCGGUGUUCGACUCGCUACGCACGAAGGAGCAGCUCGGCUACAGCGUGUUCAGCAUGAUGCGCUACACCUUCGGCGUGCUCGGCUUCUCCGUCACAGUCAACACGCAGGUCGACAAGUUCAGCGUGUCGUACGUGGACGCGCGAGUGGAGGCGUUCCUGAAGAAGUUCUCGCGCGACAUCCGCCGCCUCACGGAGAAGGCGCUGCAGGCCACCAAGCACUCGCUCGUGCAGCUCAAGCAUACCACCGACUAUGAACUUAAAGAGGAGGUUGAGAGGAAUUGGCGUGAGAUUGUGAGCAGGGAGUACAUGUUCCACAGAUUGUAUAUGGAGGCUGAUGCAAUCGAGAAGAUCAAACUUGCUGAUGUCAAGAGCUGGGUGGAGAACCACUUCCCAACUGGCAACAAAUCCAAGUUCAGGAAGUUGUCUGUUCAGAUAAUGGGCCACAAAUCGAGCAUAAGCAACGCGACCGUGGACACGCAGCCCAAACACUACGAGCUGACGUACCUCGACGCCAGCGAGCCCAUCGGCGACACCAACGAGAAUAACGCAGACUUCAUCCGUGACAUCGACGCCUUCAAAGUAGAACUACCCUUCAUCAACGUGCCCAAAGUCGAACUAGGACAAUGCUGAACCAACCAACCCCGGUUAAAGAGAGCCUACACUAUUUAAAUCCAGCCCCCUGAUUGGCCAACACAUCAACCAAUCAGAACAGCUGAUUUAAAACUUCGAGGCGUUUGAAACCGGGUGUUAGAAGGAGUAUCUUCUUCGAAUUAUGAAUGUGACGGGUAUUGUCUGGUAUAGCAUCUGCCAGUGAAGAGAUUAGUCAAUUCCCUUUUCAAAAUAAAAGACGUUAGAAAAAAGCACCUCAUUGAUUGGACGAGCGGAGACGUCGCGUCGUACAGCUUAACUCUGAUUGGUUAACGCAGUGCUGGUGUUACGACGUGACGUCUGUACCUCAUUAUUGGAUUCAUACAUUUCGGCACAACCUCUCGACGUAUAUCGAUAUUUUAGGCUUAAUUCUUUCAUUAAUUCCGUCCGACACUUUCAUUUCAACUGUUCAUCAUGCUAUGUCAUUUCAUUUUAGAUGAAUUUGCACUUUUUUAUUUUUUUACUUUCUGUAACUAACAUCUAUAAUCUUAUUCUUACAUUUAUCGGUUCAUACUGGGAUAUUUAUAUUACAUAAAUUGAAUGAUAUGCGUCUAGUGGUUGAUUUUUGAGAGUAACAUGUGAACAGGUUCCUCUCCCUUUUUUGUCUCGAUUAGGGUAAAAUAACUGUGUUUGUACAGGCUAAAUGUAUUAAAAUCUUAAAUAAAUACUCGUCGAUAUUUAAUCCUGAUAUCGAAUGUCGAUAUCUUGUCAUUCUUGACUUGUUACAUCUCUACCAAAGCCUUGUACAGUAUACUAAUAUACUAAUUGAUAGGAUAAAUCUACUACCCUUUUUCGUAGUUAAUUAUAUCAUGCUUAAAUCGGGAUGUGUAUUUAAGGCGUUACGUACUAAUUACCUAUAUUGUAUAUAAAAAUUAUAGAUACGUAAUAGUGACACCCAAUUAUUUAAAAUAUAUAUUUUAUCGAUAUUUUAUUUUGUAUAAUAAUAUUAGACAAAUUAAUUAUAUACAUUCAGCCACGGACUACCUUAUUUAAAAAUAGAUAAUAGACACAAAAUUAUUCAAGUUUUUUUAAUUGAUUUAAUAAUUUGUUUAAUGUUAAAUAAAGGACGUAAUACUUGAUUGUAAAUAUUGUACUUAAAAUUCUGCCUAAAACCGCGGGAAACAAAGCCACUGAUAUCUUGGAUAUAUUUAUGAAAUUAAGAAUGACUGUCAAAUUGUUUAACUAUUAUAGUUAAUAAAAAUAGUCUCGAUA